AUGCAGCGCAACAAAAUAUACUUUUUUCUUCGAAGGUGCAAGGGAAGACCUCUGGGUGGAUGGACACAGCAAAGUCUGAAGAAAAAGGUCCAACUAAAAGAAAAGGGAAUUGAAAGGCUGCUAGGAGUAGUGCCUACUAAAGGGAAUACACUGAUGCCUCAAGGACAAUUUCCCGGUGACUCUGCAUCUCUUGAAUUUCACAUGGGCAACAAAAGAGGCCUUAUGAAGCACCUUAGGACAACAGUGAGGAAAAUGUUCCCAUUCUAUCAAAAGGCAAGCAAGAAAACCAUGUUUUGCACUGAUAAUCCUACAGAGCUACUAAUGCCUCGAUCGGCAGCCAUUACAAACAAGCACUGGGUCCUUCCGAAGAUUAUUUGUGAAUUCUCUUCACCAAAAGUAUUUCCAAAACUGAAAAGAAAGAAGCUCUCUCAGAAUGCAUCGGUUCAGCUGGAUGUUAACAUCGUGGAGCAACACAAUGUGGAAGCAAGAAGUAUGACGAGGAUGACAAAGCGCAUCUCGGUGGUGUCCUUGUCACCCGGAAUUCAAAAGGUGUCGUAUCUGGAAAAAAGUAAAAAAGUUGCAUUGUUCAAAAGGAAGAAAAAAAGCAUGCCAUCAGUGUGGUAUGGUUCAGAUGUCACACUUGAGAACCUUCAAAUGCAGGUGGAUAAUCUGUUGGAUAACAUCACUGAAAAAUCGAUACAACUGUUAGCUUUGAGAAGUGCAGAACUGCAGCAGUGUGAGUCUUUGGGAGACAAGAUUCUCCAGUCCUCUAAGCAGUUUCAAAAAGUCUCCUUGCAGACAACAAAGAAGCAUAAAUUGAAAAAUAUUUGCUUCCCUUGCAAAUGUUGUUGUUAA